AUGUACACCCGUCCAGGCCCUGCUUAUUCCGCUAGUAACGCUCACCGAGCCGGCGCCAGCAGUUCCAGGUAUGAACCCUAUGCACGACGCACAUCAACGUAUCGCUACGAGCCUCUGCCCUCGCAACUUCCGCCCGCACCCGCAUCCGCGUCCGCAUCUGCAUCCACAUCCGCAUCCGCACCUGCUCCACCUAGCGAUGCCGAGUCAACCAAAGCGAUCGAUCCUCUCGAGGAGUACAGGACUCAACGCCACUACUCCGCUAUCUUGAAAGAGAUCGCGACCUUCAUCGAAGAUCUAAUCAGAUUCUCUCCCGACAGCAUCUACUGGAAAGACUUCGUCGGCGCCGAGUGGGAUCGGGACAUGUUCAAACCUCUCAUCAUCAACUAUAUGAGGACAAUCAUUGCUCGAGAGAACGAUCUCGGGAUCAAGUGUUAUGUCGACGACGAAACUCGCGCGCAUAGGCAUUGGCAUACAGCGCACGCAGUGAUGCAAAUGAGGCAUUAUGCCGAGAAGGGUCUGCCAGUGCUGUGCGACGUCAUGACGAGGAACGAACUGAUACUCAUGGGAAGUCGGAUUCCAUACGUGCACGAUCAUCUGUGGGACCCCAGAAAGUACAAAUAG